AUGAAUCUUCUACGACCCCCUGUGCUCCAGCCCAGCGCCGUGCUCAACAAGGCCGCCUUCACCAAGACACUGAGCCUGGCCGCUGCGGCAGUGCGCGACAACAAGAACAUCACACGCAUCCGCCAGGCCCUGACCAAGAACGCAGCCAUGCUCUCUCUAGAACGCAUCUCCACCGUCGUCCCGGACCCAGACGCUCUCCUUGCCGCCAAGGGCCGCAAAGCUCUGCUACUCAACCCGACCAUCUCCCCAGCGAAACCCGAGACGUGGGGGCCCGUGGUGUCGGAGCUUGUAAGGCAGGAAGAGGUCGGUAUCGUGCCGUAUGAGCUGCAGCUGGACUAUGACUACUGGACGUACCGGGACGUGAUGACGGCGCAGCUGCCGCCGGAGCUCCACGACGACAUCCCUGCGGGCUUCAACACGGCGGGCCACGUGGCGCAUCUCAACCUGCGGAGCCAGCAUAUCCCCUACAAGCAGUUGAUCGGGCAGGUCCUGGUCGACAAGAACCAGCACAUCACCACGGUCAUCAACAAGGUGGAUAAUGUGGGCGAUGAGUCCGAGUUCAGGACGUUUGCCUAUGAGGUCCUGGCGGGGCCCGACGACCUCAACGUCGAGGUGAACGAGAACGGAUGCGUGUUUCAGUUUGACUACGCCAAGGUCUACUGGAACAGCAAGCUCGAGAAGGAGCACACGAGGCUGAUCAGGAUGUUUAAGCCUGGUGAGGUGGUCUGUGAUGUGAUGGCGGGGAUUGGACCCUUUGCGGUGCCGGCUGGGAAGCGCGGCGUGUUCGUCUGGGCGAAUGAUUACAACCCCGAGAGCUACAGAUUCCUACAGGAUGCUAUCGCCCGGAAUAAAGUCCACCCUUUUGUCCGGCCCUUCAACAAAGACGGCCGUGUUUUCAUCCAUGAAGCCGUCGACAGCGUUCUAGCCGCCAACAGUGCCGGUGAAACGGUCACAAUCCCCUCAAAACAAAAGGUCUCCCGCAGCAAUCCAGAUGCGCAGCGGCCCCCGCCCACCGUUAUCCCCCUACCUGCCACCGUGUCCCACUUCGUGAUGAACCUGCCUGCGUCUGCAACGGAAUUCCUUCCCCACUUCCGAGGCCUCUAUGCAGGUCACGAGUCCCUGUUCGCACCACACACGGCCACGAAGCUGCCGGUGGUUCAUGUCCACUGCUUCGCGCUCAAGAGCGACGAGGACGUGCCGCGCAUCGAUGUCGCAGAGAGGGUGUCGAGGGAGCUAGGGAGCACGGUGGUCUGGGAUGGAGUGAAGGACACGCCGGGCGGAAAGGCGGGCGAGGGGGAUUUGGAGGAGGGCAUGGUUGGGGUGCAUCUCGUCCGGGAUGUGGCGCCGGCCAAGAGCAUGUACUGCGCGAGCUUCAGGCUGCCGGCUGAUGUAGCCUUUGCUCCGAGGAAAUGA